CUGCUUGAUUCCCCGCUUCUAGUUCUCAUCGGAGCUGCAAUCCAUCGACCCUCAGCACAACGGCUUAACGCGCGCCACCCCCCGCGCUACGCUGCACACUCCGGUGCUAUACGGUCUCCACAGAUGGACGCCGACGCUGCCUCCCCGUCGGACCAGCACAGGACGGUGUGGACGGAGCCGCCCAAGAGGCCGGCGGGGCGGAUCAAGUACAAGGAGACGCGCCACCCGCUGUACCGCGGCGUGCGGCGUCGGGGGCGGCACGGGCGGUGGGUGUGCGAGGUGCGCGUGCGCGGCACCAAGGAGACAAGGCUCUGGCUCGGCACCUUCCGCACCGCCGAGAUGGCGGCGCGAGCGCACGACUCCGCCUCGCUCGCUCUCUCCGGAAGCGCCGCCUGCCUCAACUUCGCCGACUCCGCCUGGCGGAUGCUGCUCGUCCUCGCCGCUGGGUCUUCCAGCUUCAGCAGCGCGCGGGAGAUCAAGGACGCCGUCGCCGUCGCUGUCGUAGCGUUCCAGCGGCAGCGCUCCAUCGCGUCCACGGCCGACGGCGAGAAGGACGUCCAAGGCUCGCCGACGCCGAGCGAGCUGUCCACGUCCAGCGAUUUGCUGGACGAGCACUGGUUUGGCGGCACGGAUGCCGGAUCGUACUACUCGCCGGGCAUGUUCAUGGAGCCGCCGGAGCGGCCUGAAAACCGCGAGCUCGGUGCCGGCGACGUGUAAAGUUUAUAGUUGGUUCUGUACUUCUGUCCCACCAAAUAUGGGAAGAAACAGAGGGGAAUAUUUUCCCUCAUAUGGUCCAUGUGUGUUCGUUCAUAUUGAAAGCCUCCGGUUUCUACUUUGAGAAAGGGCAUAUUUGCA